AUGCACAACUUGUCAUUGUAUGGAAUCAUCGCUUUGUCGGCUCUUCUCAUCCAAAUCGUUUCUGCGUUUGAUUCGACCGAAAUUCGAAUGCUUGAAGAAGAACCUGACACAUUUAUGAAGAGAGCCGCCUCGCCAUUGAUACGCUUCGGGAAACGGGAAUUCAACUCAAGCCCAUUGAUACGUUUCGGGAAAAGAUCGCCAGGCGCGCCGUUGAUCCGAUUUGGACGCUCACCCGAUGCGGCUCCGUUGAUUCGAUUCGGCCGAUCAAUGCCAAUGGAGGGUCCGUUAAUCCGUUUCGGACGAUCACCAAACAGCGCCCCGUUAAUCAGAUUCGGCAAGCGUUCCCCAGCCGGUCCAUUGAUUCGAUUCGGCCGCGCUCCUGAGGCAUCGCCGUUGAUCCGAUUCGGGAAACGAUCAGCCGGUGAUGAGAUCAACAGCAAUGAGGACGAGGAA